GGCAAAUUCUGCGGUACAAAAAUGGUGUUCGGAUCGCCUGAGCAGGCGAUUGAAGUUGAGAAGCUUGCAGAAAGAGUAGAAGAUAGAUGAUCGACAGAAACAAACCCUAGAUGAGAUCAGACGCCAUGGCGACGAGAGCCGCUGCAAGAUACAUUUCUCGAAGGUUCUCGAGCGGUGGCAGAAUCCUCAGUGAGGAGGAAAAAGCUGCAGAAAAUGUUUACAUUAAGAAAAUUGAGCAGGAGAAAUUAGAGAAGCUUGCACGCAAGGUAUAUCUAAUAUCCGUCACAUAUCUGGAUAAAUAUUCCAGAUGGACGAUGAAUGAUGGCACUUACCCCAGUAAAAGGAGGGAAAAAGAAAAUUAAUAUCGUGCAAGUAGUUCCCAUAUAUUUAACCAACCAGUGGGCAGUGGACUCUUCUUUCUCUCUCUCUCUCUCUCUCUCUCCAUGGAUUCUCCCAAGGUCCGAGCGGUGGAGCUAAACUUGAUAUCAGCCCAAGGUCUCAACUCAGGAAGAUGGUGGAAAGGAAUGAAGACCUACGCUGUUUCAUGGAUCAAUCCGACGCAGAAGCUAAGAUCGAGGAUCGACACCGUAGGAAGAAGCAACCCCACGUGGAAUGACAAGUUCAUAUUCGUGAUGGACGGCGAACGGGAUCUGGGAAACUCCACUUCUGCUUUGGAGAUCGAGAUUUACACCGUCCGGCGAUUCUGGAAAGACCAGUGCAUCGGAGUCGUUAGUAUUCCACUGGAUAACCUGAUGAAAGGCGGCUUCAUGGCGAUCGAACUCCAUCAUCCAUCGUCGGGAGCAGUAGAGGGGAUAUUGAACGUCGGGGUGACGAUGUUGGAUAACGUGCAGUUCUUCGUGAAGUCGUCGGUACCGGUCGAUUACAGAGCGCUGUUGAUGAUGGGUGUAAAGCAGAAGAAGAAUGAAGAUGGAGAGAGGAAGGAAGAAGGUGUACCGGUGCUGCUACGCCUUGGAACGAAGAAGUUAUUCUACGGAUUCAUUCCGAGUUAUAUGAUAGCUUCAUCAGAUUGAAGAGAGAAAAAAAGAAAAGAAAACAGGAGAAAAAAAAAAACAAGAAAAUAUUUUGAUGUAGGAAAAAAAAUGCCAAAGCACGUAGAUUUUCUGUUUUUAAGUUCAAUUAUGUGUUACUUUGGAAAAUAUUUAUAUUAGAAAAUGGGGCAAAAUACAUGUCUUGUCA